CGAACUCUUAGUUUUCGUCAAUACACCAACAGCUACAGACGCACAUUCUAUAUUCCAGAAAAGUGGUUGAUUUUAACAUUAAUAUGGCUUUAAAACUUGAAACUGAAACAAAAAUCGACUCGGAACCAUGUGUGGUGGCUUGGGAUGGUAAAUUGUAUGUUGGUACAGAAGAUGGGUCCGUAAAAACAUUCGAUGCGAACCUAACUCCUGGAGUAGCAUGGUCAGCCCACGGGGUGCAGGUGUUUGCUAUCGCUGCACAAGGUGGAAAAGUGUACACGGCAUCUAACGACGGGGGUAUCAAGGUUUGGUCGGAUCAGGGAAACAAAGUAGCUGACCUGAAGACCACCGGUGAUGGAGACAUUUGUGCGCUACGUGUCUUUGACAAAGAACUCUAUGCUGGUGAUGAAGCUGGAAAUGUUUUGGUUUACGAGAACAAUGAAGAAAAAGCAAGAUACAAUGUAUUAGAAGAAGUAAAGGAUUUGUGGUUCAGUCCACCAUUUCUAUUUACAGUUAGAGACUUGGAUGUUACCGUUACUGAAAUUAAACCGGAUGAUUCGAAAUCUCGUUUCGUUACAAGACACACGAUGGAGGGUCGUGCGCCAUUGCGUGUAGCUGGCAGGCGCCUCUUGGUGUUGGCAAGAGGAGGCAAUAACCUCCGAUUGCACGAUGCAUCAGUGGACACUAAAUUUAAACAAUUACACGAAGUUAAGGUUAGCGAUAUGAUAGUAACUACUCUGUCAGUGAGUGGGGACUACGCUUGGACAGGUGGCUGGGAUGGGAUCAUGCGGUGGAAGAUUGGAGAAGAUGUUUUGGAACCCGCUGGAGAGAUCAAUGUUGGCUCAUGUAUUAAUGGUCUUAUCAGUACUAAUGAUGGUACUUAUGGUGUUUUAGCAGGUGGAAAAAUUAUUCGUGUAAAAUCUGUGUAGUCAUAGUUUGUUGUAAUGCAAGACUGGUUAGUAUUAAUAAAUAUUGAAUAGAAAGUUUUUUUUAGUAUUUGAUUUAAAUUUCUAAACAAAGGUCAUUUAUUUAUGUGGUUCAAAAGCUUUCAAUUUUUUUUAAAUAUAUUUCUUGCCAAUUUAAUUAAUAAACUACCACUACAUUUUAAAGAAAUGGAUCAGUAAUAAAACACUUAUUUUAGUUACUAAUUUAAUCAAAUUAAUUUACAGUUUGAUUUACUUAAUACAAUUAUGUAUGUACAUUAAAUUAAUAAGAAAUGUGAAAAUACUAAAUUCAGAAUUUGUACAUAUUUAUUGUUGGUUUUAUCUAGUAUUCUGCACACAACAAUAAAUAUAAAGUUUUUAUUUUUAUGUAUUUAGACACAUGAAUGAAGAUAGGAUUGCAAUUGUUAU